UGAAUGAGUGAUUGUGUCCUCCGUCCUGCCCAGAGACACAAAUCAUGCUGCUUGUCUGGGAGGAAAACAAAGCUUGAGACCCAAGAUGAAGGAAGAGAACGACGCUCCCUUGAAAAACAAAAUUUACCAGAUUUUACUGCUUGUGUGUUUCGGUCUCUGCAAUUCAGGUGGAGUGCUGGCAGUGAAUAUGACUAUCCCAAACACUCUCAUUAGAGGUAAAUUAGGAGGGGAGGCCCUUUUGUCUGUUCGCUAUGAAAGUUUCAGCCAAGACCGGCCAGUUAUCAAGUGGGAACUUAAGAGGGAAAAAUCUGUCACUGUUGUCCAGUCAGUUGGAACGGACAUCAUUGGGAAUCUGAGGCCUGAGUAUCGUGAUCGUAUCCUGGUAUUUGAAAAUGGGACUCUGCUUCUCCACAACCUCAGGUUCACUGAUGAUGGAACUUAUGAUGUAGAGAUCUCCAUCACAGAUGAUACCUUUCCAGGAGAGGGCAGCAUCACACUCACUGUGGAUGAACCUAUAUCCAGGCCUUAUAUCCACAUGGAGUCUUCAUCAGUGCUGGAGCUUAGUGAAAACGUUGUCCUCAACUGCUCCCAUGACAAUGGAACCAGGACUACAUACAGGUGGUUCAAAGGUGGAAAGCUCCUGACCAACGAGACGAGGUUCGUGCUUUCCCCUGAUCAGAAGCUUUUGACCAUCAAACGGGUGGUCAUGGCAGAUGAUGAUAUCUACAGCUGCACAGUGGAGAAUCCAGUGGGAAAUGUGACAAGUCUGCCAAUUAGACUGACGGUGUACAAAAGAAGUUCCCUUUAUAUCAUCCUUUCCACUGGAGGCAUCUUCCUUUUGAUCACCUUGGUGACAAUAUGUGCCUGCUGGACACCGUCUAAAAAGUCCAGACAGCCCCCUAGAAAGCCGCUAUCCAGGUUUUAUGACACCCCUUGCCACACACCGAUCAAUCACACAGAUUAUGUGCUUCCAAAAGUACCAGAGCAUAAUGGGAUAAAUGCAGUAACUUCACUUUAUAUCCUCCAGCAUAAGGAUCCUUCCACAGAUGACUCCUCCAGCAACAACACUGGAUCUCCAUCUGAGCUCAAUAACCCACCAUGCUACACCACUUCCCCCAAAUAUACCGGCCCUCUUCCAGCUGGAUCCCCUGCUCGUAUCUCCCGUAAGCAUACCUGACAGCCCAUCGGUUUAAACUGUCCACAAUACAACAAAAAGAAGGUUGUGCCACCCCACCAUGGACUCCUCUGUACUCAGGAUACCCUGUACAUCCUGGAGUUUGUUGUAAAAUCAAGAAAAUGUUGCAACUUAAAUAAGUUUUUAGUAGCACAGUCAGCAGUAAAAUGUGGGGAGAGUUUGACAUUGGAGUCAAAACGCUUUUUAGUUUUUGUAAAAUUUUGAAUCUUUAUUUGGUUUGUGACUCAUCACCAUCAUACUCAUUGUGGUAAAGAGAAUGGGAUUUCUACUGUUAUCUGUCAUGACAUUUUCUGUACUAUACAAUAAACCCAGAAAUUACUUUGUGGAAUAAUGCAAAUGAGUAUUUUUAUUUUAAUAGAUGACUUAAUUGUAUUAUGUAUAGAGUCAACCAUGUUGGGGUAGGAUGAGGCCAUGUAUUUGAGUUUUAUAAAUGUUACAAUAAAACAUGAAAUUAUCUAAAUUUUUUUUUUUUUUUUUUAAUUUUUUGGUAGUAUUUGUGAAGGAUUUACUUAAUUAUAAGUUUAGUGGAUUAGCUACUGGCUAUCCUCUAGUUUG